GCUUUGGAUUCGUCACGAUUGAAGAAAGCGGAGAAAUCAAUCCUCUGCUUUCUUCCGAAGAGGAAAUCAUUAAUGUCUUUUUCGAGGUUUUAAACUCUCGGUAAUGGAGUUAGAUCCUCGACAGUACGAGCACAUUGCUAAUAAUGACAAUGAUGUCCGCAAUAUUGUCUUAUCAUAUCUUGUACAUAAUUGCUUCAAAGAGACUGCAGAAUCGUUCAUUUCUUGCACUGGGAUGAAACUUCCUGCUGAUUAUCCUGUUGACAUGGACAAAAGAAAACCAAUUGUCCAUUUUGCAUUGGAGGGAAAUGCUCUCAAGGCCAUUGAAUUGACAGAACAGCUGGCACACAACUUACUUGAGGAAAACAAGGGCCUUCAUUUUGAUCUAUUGAGCCUUCAUUUUGUUCAGCUUGUUUGCUCCAGAAAAUGCACAGAAGCUCUGGAAUUUGCUCAGACCAAGUUGACACCAUUUGGGAAGGUUCACAAAUAUGUCGAGAAACUGGAGGACUUCAUGACUUUGCUAGCUUAUGAGGAGCCAGAAAAAUCACCAAUGUUUCAUCUGCUUAGUUUGGAUUACCGGCAGCAUGUUGCAGAUAAUCUAAAUAGAGCAAUUCUGGCGCAUGCUAACUUGCCUAGCUAUUCUGCAAUGGAAAGGUUGAUACAACAAACCACAGUGGUCAGGCAAUACUUGCAUCAAGAGCUUGGAAAGGCAAACAAUGGGACAUAUUGCGUUUACAUCAGAUCGUUUGGUGUAAUAUUUUGGUCACGGGUGCAGUAUAAUCUUUGAAGUGUGCUCAUAUUUAAAGAUUUAACUGCGCAGGACUCAUGUAUCCAGUCUUUGGCAUUUUGGUGAGAUGUGCCUUUCUCAUUAAGAGGCUAGAAUGAAAAUGGGGUUGGUAUCGGAGUGAGAAGUUGCCUAUUUAUGGGAUGUUGGUCUUGCUGAUUUGAGGGUGUGGCAGGUAUCUGUUUGCAUGUUGUUGGUUGAAGAGUGAGCUUUUCCAUUUUAUUUUUGGUGGUUGAUUCACCAUUACUGGUAGACAUGAGAUGAUGAGAACAAUAGGAACCUCAAUCUU